AUGAGUUCGGGCGAAAUUCUUUACCAAAUGGUUUUCCAUUAUUCACAAUUUUAUUUUGUUACAAUUGCUACAAUUCUUGGUACAGGUGUUCUGGGUCUACCAACAACAUUAUCUCACAGUGGUUUCGGACCAUUUCUCAUUUGUAUUUUCAUCAGCUAUUUUGUUCAAGUAUUAUUAAUAUUUUUCUUUACGGAACUCUUGCAAAAAGCUUAUUAUCGAAAUAUUGAAAAAUUAAAAGAGAAUGAGCAAGAAGAAGUGUUUAUUAAUAUUGAUAUACAAGAAACACCUACAUAUGGAUCAAACUAUGAUUUAGUAGCAAAACGCGUAAUAUUUUUUUCUUGUUCAUCUAUAAUUAUUUUUAAUCAAUGUCUAUCAAUUGAAAUCUUUGUUCAUUUUCUAUUAUUACUUUCAACAUUUGAUUUAUUAUUAAUUAUUAUUGGUGAAAUAGCACAUUUUUGGGAUUCAACAGUAAAUCAUAAAAGUACACUUUAUUCAAAAUGUUGUUUAAUAUUUGGUAUAGCUUUUAAUUAUUUUGUAUCAAUUCUUCUUCUUUCAAUACAUUCAAUAAUGAAUGAUGAAAAUUCUCUUAUUAUUGAAAUAUGUCGAAGAAUGACAAAAAAAAAAUUUAUUUUUAUUAAGGAUUUUCAUGAUGAAAAACCUUUUAUACCGACAAUGAUUGUUUAUGUUUUAUUUAUUUUAAUUGAUUUAUUAACAUAUUCAUGGAUUUAUAUGUCAUAUAGCGAUAUAUAUCAUCUUAAACAAAAAACUUUAGCAACUAUCUUUUUUUCUUCACUAGUUUUCACAAAUUUUAAACAAUCUGAACGUUCAUUAAUGGUUAAUCUUAGUUUAAAACGUAUUCGUACUGUUUAUUUAUUUGUCAUAAGUAAUAUGAUCGCUACUCUACCUGUAUUAACUAUGAGACUUUUUAAUAUAUCAAUAGAUAUAUAUCAAAGAAUAUUUUUAAUUUAUUUUACAACAUUACCAUGGCUUGAUUGUAUAACAUUUUUAUUUUAUCAUGAAACAAAACUUAUUAAGAGAAAUUGUUUUCCAAAAAGAAGUGUUUCACAUGAAAAUGUUAAUCGUCAACAACGUAUUGGUCGACGCUUAAAUUCAUAUAGAGAGAUGUAUGAUGCAGAAACAGUGAAAAAAUGUUUACCAAAUUUACAUUCGCUUGGUGAACUUUUUUUACCAUCUUUCUUUUCGAAUUUAUUUACAUUAAUCAUAUUAUCGCAAACAAUUGCCUUAUUGAUAAGCUAUGCAUUAGCCGGUAGCCAAGCAUUUGCAGUAUUGCUUCAAGUGCAAUACAUUAAAGUAAUUCCUGGCUUUUGUUGGAUAUUAGCAUUUAUCAUUCUGUUAUUUCAUUCAUGGAUUCAACUGAUUAUUUCUGUGUUAACCUUUUGUAAAGGUACACUUUUUACUAUAAUAAUCAUUAUAACACUUGUAGUUGGCACAAAAAUUCAAAAUCCCGUGAAAGAUGAUUAUAGUGCUAUGGGAGAUUCAAUUUUGAUGUGUACAAUAGCUUUAGCUGGUUUUAUAAAUAUAAUGCCGAUGAUGUUUACUAAACUUAAGCAAACAAGAGAGGAAGUAAGUUGUCUUUUUAUAUAUUUAUUAAAGUUAUUACUUGUAUGGCUUAAGAUCAUUGGUUUUAAUAUAUCUAUAUUUCUUGGUUUAACAACAUGCGUCAUUUUAAAUAUUGUUUGGUGUUGGUCAGUAUUAGAAAUCGUUCCACAACGUAGUGUUUGUUUAUCGGAUAACUUUAAUCAAUCUAUCCCAAUGGCAUAUAAUCUUUUUAAUGAAUCACUAGUUGAAGGUCAAUGUAUCUAUUCGCCUUCAUUAGAAAAAUCUGCAAAAAAUGGCGAAAUUGCAACAGUAUCAUUAAGCAUAAUUCUUGAAGACAGAGAUUAUAGUUAUAAAUAUAUUUCAGUACUUAUUCAACUGUUUGUUUUGAUAAGUGUUUCAGUAUCAUUUAUAACUAUUGGUUCAAUAUUAUAUCAUACAAGUAUUGUCGAUUCAUAUUGGGAUGUAACGUUCACAGCUGAAACAAAAUAUCGAGGUAUUUUCAAAUAUCUUACUGUACAACGAGUUGUUCGAUGGACUUUAUGGUUGAUAGCCUUUACAAUUGUAUUUGCAGUUGCAUUUAAUAACCCAAAAGGUUUUAAAAUAAUUCUUGAACAAGUUACAAAUCUUUUAAUAAGUAUUCAAAUGGGAGUAUUUGUUGCAAUAAUGAUCUAUAAAGUAUCAUCACCAAUAUUCAAUUCACAUACAAUUCCAUUUCAGUUACCAAAUUGGUUUUUUUAUUUUCAAUAUAUCAUUCCUGUUUAUUUUAUUUCUAUUCUUAUUUAUGAUAUUUAUGUUAUAUCUCAACAUUAUCGUUUGAAAAAUAAAGGCAAUUGA